AAAAACCUAAAUGCUGCGCGCUUUCCCGGAGUUGCCAUAUCCCCGGGAUCGUUUCGGCGGCCCAUUUCUGAACCUUUUCCAACCGAUUCCCCGGCGCACGUGUGAAAGGAAUUUGGGGGCGGGCGGGGGUUGGUGUGUGUGGGUCUCUCUCUGCUGCGCAAAUCUCGGGAGGGGGCGCUGCGGAGCGCCCUGGGCUAGGAGGCCGGCGGCGCUCGGAAGGCGGUGACGGCGCCCAGCGGGAGGAGGAGGAGGAGGAGGAGAAGGACCCGCCUGUGGCCGACGAUGUCGGACCCCGGCACCUGGGGGUCCCCGCUGGGCGCCCUGAGCCAGCUCUCAAAGAGCUGCCGAAGGAGCAACCGGAAAAGUUUGGUGGUGGGGACCCCGUCGCCGACCCUCUCCCGCCCCCUCUCCCCGCUCUCGGUGACGACAGCCAGCAGCAGCAGCCCCCUCGACAGCCCCCGCAACUUCUCCUCUGGCACGUCGGCCAGCUUCCCCUUUGCUCGCAGCCAUGCUCCUCGGACUGACAGGGCUGACGGCCGAAGGUGGUCUCUGGCUUCCUUGCCCUCCUCUGGCUAUGGCACCAACACCCCCAGCUCCACCGUCUCGUCCUCCUCCUCCUCCUCCCAGGAGCGCCUCCACCAACUCCCUUACCAGCCCACGCCCGACGAACUCCAUUUCCUCUCCAAACACUUCCGCAGCACCGAGAGUGUGGCUGGGGAGGACGGGCGCCACUCGCCCUACUUCCGACCCCGGUCCCGGAGCCUGAGCCCCGGCCGGACGAGCGGGACAUUCGACAACGAGAUUGUGAUGAUGAACCACGUUUACAAGGAGAGGUUCCCCAAGGCCACGGCGCAGAUGGAGGAGCGUCUGGCGGAGACGAUUGCCAACUUAUCGCCCAGCAGUACUUUGCCCCUGGCCGAUGGGGUCCUGGGCUUCAUUCACCACCAGAUCAUUGAGCUGGCGCGCGACUGCCUCUCCAAGUCGCAGGGGGCUCUUGUCACCUCACGCUACUUCGCCGAGCUGCAGGAGAAGCUGGAGAAGAUGCUCCGAGACGCCCAAGAGCGCUCCGAGAGCGACGAGCUGCGCUUUGUGGAACAGCUGGUCCGGAAAUUCCUGAUCAUCAUCUCCCGUCCGGCUCGGCUCCUGGAGUGCCUGGAAUUCGACCCGGAAGAAUUCUAUCACCUCUUGGAAGCCGCCGAGGGACACGCCAAAGUCGGGCAGGGGAUCAAGACCGAUAUUCCAAGAUACAUCAUCAGCCAGCUGGGCCUCGCCAAGGACCCCCUGGAGGAAAUUGUUCAGCUCGAUCAGGUAGACUGCGGCCCCCUGGCGGGAUCAGAGCAGCCGGGCGACUUCUCCGAGAGCCGCCCUCCUUCCUCCGUUCCUCGGAGGAACCCGUGCGAAAGCGAUUUCGAAACCGUCAAGCUGAUCAGCAACGGAGCGUACGGGGCUGUCUACCUCGUGCGCCACAAGGAGACCCGCCAGCGCUUUGCCAUCAAGAAGAUCAACAAGCAGAAUCUCGUCCUCCGCAACCAGAUCCAGCAGGUCUUCGUGGAGCGAGACAUCCUGACCUUUGCCGAAAACCCCUUUGUGGUCAGCAUGUUCUGCUCCUUUGAGACCCGGCGCCACCUCUGCAUGGUUAUGGAGUACGUCGAAGGUGGGGAUUGUGCCACCCUCUUGAAGAACAUGGGUCCCCUUCCAGUGGACAUGGCGAGGAUGUAUUUCGCCGAGACGGUCCUGGCGUUGGAGUACCUGCACAAUUACGGCAUCGUCCACCGGGACCUCAAGCCGGACAACCUGCUCAUCACCUCCAUGGGGCACAUCAAGCUCACCGAUUUUGGCCUCUCCAAGAUCGGGCUGAUGAACAUGGCCACCAACUUGUACGAGGGCCACAUUGAAAAGGACACCCGGGAAUUUGUCGACAAGCAGGUGUGCGGGACCCCCGAGUACAUCGCCCCAGAGGUGAUCUUGAACCAGGGCUACGGGAAGCCGGUGGACUGGUGGGCGAUGGGCAUUGUCCUCUACGAGUUCCUGGUGGGCUGCGUCCCCUUCUUCGGCGACACCCCGGAAGAGCUGUUCGGGCAGGUGAUCAGCGAUGAAAUUAUUUGGCCGGAGGGCGACGAGGCUCUCCCUACCGACGCCCAGGACCUGAUCACCCAGCUCUUGAAACACUGCCCAUUGGAACGCCUGGGCACAGGAGGGGCGCACGAGGUGAAGCAGAACCCCUUCUUCCGCAACCUGGACUGGAACGGGCUGCUGCGGCAGAAGGCCGAGUUCAUCCCCCAACUGGAAGCUGAGGACGACACCAGCUAUUUCGACACUCGCUCAGAGCGCUAUCGCCACCUGGGGUCCGAAGAUGACGAGACGAACGACGAGGAGUCGUCCCUGGAAAUCCGGCAGUUCUCCUCCUGCUCGCACCGGUUCAGCAAGGUGUAUAGCAGCUCCGAACACCUGGCCAACGCUUCUUUGUCCCUGGGCGCCUCGCCGUCUCCGGAGCAAACCUGCGCCGAGAAGGAUGACCGCGGGGAGCGUUGGGACGAGGAGAAGAGCCGCCUGCCGGGCCCCGAGACCAGGCUCCGCGCCUGGACCUCCUGCGGGUCAACGGCCCUCUCCUUCCGCCAGGAGUGUGGGGCCCGCGGGGCCCCCCCCACCCUGAGCAGCACCUGCAGCCUGGAGGCCAUGCCCAGGUUCGCCUUCUCCUCCGAGGACGAGAGCCCCUGCCGGGCGCCCCCCAAGAGGGAGCGCCCCGUCUUCGUGUUGGGGGGAGAUCCCGAGGGGGCAGCAGCAGCCAGCACCAAGACCCCCGCGAAAGCCUCUGGGCUGCCAGCUGACCUGUCCAGCCUGAGCCGCAUCCGUCUGCGAAGCAACAGCACGGGCACCAAGAACUGCCCGCCACUGGAUGGCGACGCCGGGGGGCGCCGGGUGGGCAGCCACAAGGACCCCCCGCCCAGGAAGCAGCGGACCCCCUCGGGGGGCAGCAGGGUGCCCAAGUCGGCCUCCGUCUCCGCCCUCUCGCUCAUCAUCGGGGCAGAUGACUUUGGGGGCGCUGCCCUGGUGAGCCCCAUCUCUCCCCGCUCCCUCUCCUCCAACCCCUCCUCCAGGGACUCUUCCCCGAGCCGCGACCCACUCCUGGGGGGCUCGGGCCUGCGCCCCCCCAUCGUCAUCCACAGCUCGGGCAAGAAGUAUGGCUUCACCCUGCGCGCCAUCCGGGUCUACAUGGGCGACAGCGACGUCUACGCCGUGCAUCACAUGGUCUGGAGCGUUGAGGACGGCAGCCCCGCUCAGGAGGCGGGCCUGCGAGCCGGAGACCUCAUCACGCACGUCAACGGAGAGUCGGUCCUGGGUCUGGUCCACAUGGACGUGGUUGAGCUUCUGCUGAAGAGCGGGAACAAAGUGGCCCUGCGGACCACAGCCCUGGAAAACACGAGUAUCAAGGUUGGCCCCGCGCGGAAAAACAGCUCCAGGACCCGGAUGGCGAGGAGGAGCAAGAAAAGCCGCCGGAGGGAGAGUCAGGACAGGUGGGUGAGAUCCGAAACCGGUUCCUGCGCUGUAACCAUUGUGCAGCGCUGCCUCUCAUCCCCCCACCUCUCUCUCUCUCUCUCUCCCCGCAGGCGGAAAUCGCUCUUCAAGAAAAUCUCCAAGCAGACAUCUGCCCUGCACACCAGCCGCAGCUUCUCGUCGGGGCUCCACCACUCGCUCUCGUCCGGAGACAGCCUCCCGGGGUCGCCCACACACAGCCUGUCGCCGGGGCCCGCCACCCCCUGCCGCAGCCCCGCCCCAGACGCCCCUCCAGAUCCCGCCUCCCCGCAGCCCACCUCUCCCUCGCCCAGCACGCCACCCUCUCCGGCCGGCCACAUCCGCCCCAGCUCCCUCCACGGCCUGGCGCCCAAACUGGGCGCCUCCGGGCGCCUCAAAGUCGGGCGCCGCAAAUCCACCAGCAGCAUCCCCCCGUCGCCCCUGGCCUGCGCCGCCCCGCCCUCCCCGCAGAGGUCCCCCUCCCCGCUGCCGCCCUCCAAGGCGGGCAAGGCUCUCUCCCCGCCCGCCGGGGCCCGCUCACCGCUGCUCCAGAGGGUCCAGUCGGCAGAGAAGGUUCCCUCCGACAAGAAGCUGCCGAGCAGGCAGAAGGCGGCACCGCCGGGGGGCGAGGCGUGCGCUAUAGAUCCCGGCGCCCGGCGCCCCCUUGCUCGCCCCGCCGACCCCGAAGUGGUGGUGAUGCGGCACCUUAACCUCCCCGAGCGCCGGGACUCUUUCAAGAAGCAGGAGGCGGUCCAGGAAGUCAGCUUUGAUGAGCCCGACUCGGAGGGUGCCCCUUGGCGCCCGGCAGUGCCGCACAUCGCCGUGCAGGGCGACCCCGAGUGGGAAUGCCAGGCGUCCUACCCGGCCCGGCUGGAAGCCCGCCUCUACAUCGAGCAGGAAGACGGCACCACGGCGGUGGAGUUUGCCAGCGUCUCGCCCCCGGGGCGCAGGACAAGCGUUGGGGCGCCCAGCCCCCCUCGGAGGCGGUUGUGGGGGGCACUGGGUGGCCCUGAGAGGCCCCCGGGUGCCGCUGGGGCCUGGGUGCCCGCCGUGGACCAGGAAGAGGACUCUGCGCCUGGCCGGAGGGGCAUCGCAGAAGACCAGUGAACCCCGGGGGGGGGGCGGGGAAGGAGGUGCCCGUUUCCCUGCCCCAAAGGGUGCCCCCUGAUUGCCCCACAGGGUGGCACCAAGGGAUCCUGCUGUGGGGGGUCUUUCGG